UCAUCCUCAGGGGUAUUCCGGACAUUUUGUAUGUAGGGGCAGACUUGUAUUUUCCAUGGAAUAAAAGGCUUGUCUUCAGAUCUGGGCCCAUGGGCCGUAGAUGCUGGACCCGACCCGACUGAACCCCGGAUACAAAAGCCCAUCAAUAACAAAAACAAAUAAAUAUCCGUACAGUUUAAUUAAUUCAAAUAUAAUAACCAACUUAAAAUUGAGAAAUAAAUUAAAUCCCAAUUCGAAACCCUCCCUCCUCCUCUCGCAUCGCCACCGAGUAUGAGUUCUCCGGCGCCCUCAACCAAAUCCCCUCCGCCGCCAGCGACGGCGCGGCCGCAUAUCGAUAUCAGUGAUAUCAUGGUUAGGAGAUGUGUACAUAUGAAUGUCAGCAUGCUGAGGUAUGCCAUGGAAUUGGCUCACCAGGUCACAAGAUUGUACAAUUCAGAUGGUGAAAUUGCCGCACAAAUGCAGGCUCAAUUCGAACGUGUAUUUGGUCAAUACUGGCACUGCAUUGUGAACCAAGAAACCACGCCCGAUUCGCCGCAAUGGUGCGGUGCCAUGUAUGUGCAGCUCGAAGUCGGCCCCACGCGUAUUACAUUGUACAAAAUCAGUGCCACUGCCUAGAUAUGACAUCGUGUUCGAACAUAUUCAAUUUUAUAGUAAUUGCUAACUUUUAGUUUCGUUAUGUGAUCGAAUGUUGUCCUCGAUCGAUUUUUUCGUUGCUAAUUUGGGAAUUUUUUGGAGUAUAUACGAGUUUUAACAUGGGAACAAUUUUUUUGUGUUAAUGUUGUUCACUUGUGUAUUCUACUCUAUCCUCAAACCUAUUGAUUUUGUACUACUUCGUAACUUUUAGUUUCAUUACGUGAUGUUGUCCUUAAUCGAGAUUCUCGUUACUAAAGUGGGAUUUUUUUAGAGACUCUACGAGUUUAAAACUGUGA